CUGUAGAGCUAUAACUUUCACACUUUUGACAAAUAUAGUCAUUUCUAUUCGAAAACCACAAAUAGCCAAUUCCGUCCAUUUUGGUAACGGUGUUAGUAGACGUUAUGACUGUACUAACGGCUUGCGCUGAGUUGGCCACUGAGUUACCCUACCUUCCGACGUGGAAAUCAGACGUGGAAAAUAAAAAAAAUAAAUAAAUAAGAUGAAAGUGACCCAGCUGCCCACCACCACUCGUGACUCGUCCAUUCUUUCUUAUCCCUUCGUUUUUCUUUCCCUCUUCACCUCUCUUCCUCCGACCACGAGACUAUCAAAAUCCUAUCAACAUCCUCGUCGUCAUCCAAGAACCGACCACCACCUCCGGCUGGGCCACCAGCUCGUCGCCUCUUCCCCAGCGGAAGCCGUCGAAAUCUUGAGAACCCACGGCCACCUCCUCUCUGCCAGAUACGUCCCCACAGUUAAAUCCCACUUCUUAAUCGUCGUUCCAAUCCAAAGCCCACGGCAGCGACGGCGGCGGAUGCAACUACUCCACAGGCCUUCUUCCCCUACCAACAAUGGGACUGCGAAUCAAGACUUGAAGUAGGAUUUCAAUUACAUAACAAAUAUUCUUCAUCGAUAGCAUUGGAGGGCUUUCGAUCCCAUCUUCCGAAGGCUACACAUGUUGCGAUUCAGACGAGAUCCAGCGUCGUUGUUGUCGCAAAAGAUUGGGACUGUUGUUUCUCGUUGUGAUCCUGUAUUCUCUUUCGAGGAACGCGUUCAUGAGAUCAAAGAGGUCAGCGGCAGGUAAGGAUCGGACAUCAUCGAUGUAGCCUUCAGAUACGCCGACUGGGUAGCAGGAAAGGAAGGGACUAAAACGGCAGGAAAGAAGACCAAACCCCAAUUCUUGAUUCCAAUAUUAUUGACGCUGCCGGCGAGAGAUUCUCCUCUCUGGAUCAACGACUCCACCACUACUCUGUUGGCUAACAUAAUAAAUUGGUGGAUUUGGA